CAGAAAGGCAACUAUUUCUGUCUUCCAACACAGGAAACUUAAAGCUUGGUAACUAAAGUCAGGAUGGAUGAGACGUUUUUUGUGAUCCUCUUGGUUCCAGGUUUUUGUGCCACCACAACAACCACUACAUACUACCUUGUCAACAGUACAAGGUCCUGGUAUGAUGCACAUGAUUACUGCAUAGAUUAUUACACAACAUUGUCCCAAACAGCCGAUGCACUCAGCUCAACAUGGCAGAAAUUAGGUUACACCAAGGCCUGGAUAGGACUGAUGUCUGAAACCACUCCAUGGUUAGACCUAGACGGAGGUAUAGCCUCAUAUUUCAACUGGAGCUCUGGUCAGCCUGACAACAUCCUGACUGAGCUGUGUGUGACUAUGACACAAACAGGAGACUGGUAUAAUCGCAACUGUGAUGAUCGUAGACCGUCAGUUUGCUUCAACGGAAGUCAUUUCAUCAUUCAGGAUGAAAUGAGUUGGACAGAUGCCCUUAUUGACUGUCAGACCCAACAUUCCAUUCUGGUCCAAAUUGCUAAUAAUACAGUCAAUAAAGAAAUAAGAAAACUGCUGUCCAACAGCACAGAAGCCUGGAUCGGCCUCUACAGAUUGGCUGUCUGGGUGUGGUCUGACACUGGAGAACAGCUCAGUAACCCAAACUGGAAAGAAGGAAAAGUGAGCAAUCUUACUGAGAGAAACCUUUGUGCAGCUUUGUGGUUUGACGAUGGGACUUUAACACAAGAGUCAUGCAAUGCAAUGAACCCGUUUCUCUGCACAUACAUUACAGAAGAUCAACUGAUUUCAGACAUUUCCGGUCAGCAAUCAAAGAAAACUGUGGUGAAGCUGAAACUCCAGACUACUGCAGAUUUAGAGGACCCAAGGAUCAGGGCUGACCUCAAGCAGCAGCUGCGUGCACGGCUUGCAAAUCAGGGUGUGACUAACAUCAAACUGGCCUGGAAGAAAAUGUUAGAAAACCUACAACACAGUACUCCUCACACUUCUUAUAGCAUUGAUUAUUAAUUUACUCCUAGUAAAGAAUCACUUCUUGUUCAGGUAAAAUUGAAAUCAGAGGACAUUACUGUGCAUGUGCUAUAAAUAUUUAGACAUUUGUUUGUGUGAGUGCCGUGUAAAAGGUCUGCUUUUUCUUUAGAGGUUUUACUUGCUUUCAGUUAAUGGGUGUAACAUUUAAUAUGUGUGAACUGAGCAUAAAACAGAACAAUAUACUGAUUUGAGUAAUGCAGACCUGCUUUAUUGCCUGUUUUGUGCCUGUAAUUUACUUUUACUUUCUUUUGUUUCAUCUUUGCUUAAUAAAUAAUGAUAGUGUGGAAAAUGUUUUUAUACACUAGAUGUUAGAAUCAAAUAAGUGUAGAAACUGGUAGUCAUAGAAAAUAGAUAAUUCUUACCAUGUUCUGAUUGAUGAAAUGGUGAAACUGAAACGGGUUGCAAUUUUUAGCAUUAAACCUACAAUCAACUAUG